GUAGCGAGCAGGCUGUUUUCUUGGACACGCCUAGCUAGCUAGCUUUCCUCCAACACCGCGCCGGUUAUUGCAAUUCCAUCCCCUGGAAACCAUGGCCGACCAGGCCUCGGGAUCCGCCCGGCAGCCCCAGCAUGACGGGAUUAUUGUUGAAGUGAAGACCAAGUGACCCUCCCACUGAGUCCUGCCUUGGCAAUACCAAAAAUGUAGUUAUGGAUUGCCCCUCGCAAAGCUCUGACGAAGGCCUUGAGGUGUAAAGCUUAUUAAAGAGCAGUGAUACUAUCAAGAACAGUGCAGCGGUGCUCCAGCAGCGAGUGGCAGCCCUGGAGCAGGAGAGAGCUGAGUUUGUCAAGCGCAAACAGCAACUGGAGUCUGAGUUCAACCAGAAACGGGCCAAGUUCAAAGAGCUCUACCUGUCCAAAGAAGAGGAACUGAAGUGCCAGGCAGCGUCUCUGGAGGGGGCCCAGUCGGAGCUGAGUCGUGUACAGGCCCAGCUGGAACAGGCCCAAGCUGACAUGGAGAACAUCAAGGCGGUGGCCACUGUGUCAGAGAGCACCAAGCAGGAGGCCAUUGACCAGGUCAAGGGACAGUGGCAGGAGGAGGUGGCCUCCCUACAGGCCAUCAUGAAAGACACAGUGCGUGAGUAUGAGGUGCAGUUCCACCAGCGCCUUGAGCAGGAGCGUGCCCAAUGGAACCAGUACAGGGAGGUGGUGGAGAGGGAGAUGGGCGAGCUGAGACACCGCCUCUCUGAGGGCGGCCAGGAGGAGGAGAACCUGGAGAACGACAUGAAGAAGGCCCAGGAAGAUGCAGAGAAGCUACGGUCAGUGGUAAUGCCUAUGGAACAGGAGAUAGCAGCUCUGAAAGUCAAACUGACUGUGGCAGAGGACAGGGUGAAGGAGCUGGAAGCCUCGAAGGUAAAGGAGCUCAAUCAUGUCCUGGAAGCAGAGAAAUCCUGCCGCACAGACCUGGAGAUGUACGUGGCGGUGCUCAACACUCAGAAGUCAGUCCUUCAGGAGGACGCAGAGAAACUACGAAAAGAGCUCCACGAAGUGUGUCACCUCUUGGAGCUGGAGCGGCAGCAGCACAACCAGCUGAAGCACACUUGGCAGCGGGCCAACGACCAGUUCCUGGAGUCACAGAGGCUGCUGAUGAGGGACAUGCAGAGGAUCGAGAACGUGCUCACUUCUGAGCAGCUCCGGCAGGUGGAAGAGAUUAAGAAGAGGGACCAGGAGGAGGAUGAGAAGGAAAGGAUCAGCCAGGCCAAGGAGCAGAACGAGGAAGACAGGACAGAAACCGAACCUUUAGAAGACUCAUUCCUUGGGCUCAGUAUUGAAGAGCCCCACAGUGCCCACGGCUCCAUGCACUCCUUAGACUCUGACCUGGUGGCAGGGGGCCCUAUGGACCUCUAUAAAGACGGCCUUCGGAGGGUCCAGUCCACAGACAGCCUGGGUUCCUCUCCUGGUCUCCAGGGCCUGGGGGGCUACAACCAUAAGGCCAAGUCGGCCAGCCACCUAGAUGAGUCCGACUUCGGACCCCUGGUGGGGGCGGACUGCGGGGCCCCCGAGGGCCUGGCGGGCUUUGGGGACACGCUAUCGGUCAGCUCCAUCCAGCUGACGGCCGGCCACUUCCUGCUCACCAAGGACCAGGAGAAGGCUAUAAAGGCCAUGACGCCGGAGCAGGAGGAGACGGCCUCGCUGAUGUCCAGCAUCUCCCACGCCCACGACACCACCUUCCUGACCCCGUCAGGCUACCGCCUGGUCAGUGACCAGGAGUGGAACCUGCUUCAGCAAGAGGUGAAGAACGCAGGAAGGAAGUUGGGACGGCGAUGUGACAUGUGCUCUAACUACGAAAAACAGCUGCAGGUCAUCCAGGGCCAGGAGGCAGAGACACGCGAUCAGGUAAAGAAGCUCCAGGUGAUGCUGCGGCAGGCCAACGACCAGCUAGAGAGAACCAUGAGUGAAAAACAGGAGUUGGAGGACUCUGUGAAACAGGGCAACGAGGAAACUACUGCAAAGGUCGCUGCUCUCAUGCACAGAGUCCAGGAGUCCGAGUCACUGCUUAAAACACUACAAGAGGCCUUCAGUCAGGCCAAGCGGAACACACAGGAACAGAUGGCUGUGCUGAUGCAGUCCAGGGAGCAGGUUGCGGAGGAACUGAGUAGACUGCAGAGGGACAACGACAGCCUAACAGGCAAACACCGACUCCACUUAUCUCUCCAGCAGCAGGAGGACUUCAAACUACCCACCAUGGUGCAAGAACUACAAUCCCUGGUGCUGCAGUUGCGGGAGGACAUAGUUGUGGUGCGCACGGCUGCAGACCACCUGGAAGAGAAGCUGAAGGCGGAGAUCCUGUUCCUGAAGGAGCAGCUCCAGGCAGAGCAGUGCCUCAAAGAGAACCUGGAGGACACACUACAGCUGGAGAUAGAUGGCUGCAAGGAGGAGAUAGCGUCGUUAUCCAGUCUGAAAACUGAGCUGGAGCGAGUGAAAGCUGAGAAAGAACAGCUGGAGAGCAGCCUGGCAGAAAAGAGGAAGACAUUAGUGAGUGUCCAGGGCCUGAAGAGCAGUCUGGAGGAGCAGCUCAGAGAGCUCACCACAACCAAGACGGCCCUGGAGGCUCAGGCAUUGGAUGAGAAGGACAAAGCCCUGCGGUUGCAGACGGAGCUGGAUGUUAGUGAGCAGGUGCAGAGGGACUUUGUCAAGCUCUCCCAGACACUCCAGGUCCAGUUGGAGCGGAUCAGACAGGCUGACUCUUUAGACCGUAUCCGAGCCAUCCUCAACAACACCAACUUGACUGACAUCAGCCAGCUCCCAGAGACAUGAUACCCUUGGCUGAAACUCCAUUCUCCCUCCUGCCCCUAAUUUUCCUCUAUCUCACUGGCCUAAUGACAUUCUCCUACCUUUCCAGGCCACUCCCCCACUUCCACCACCCAAUGGAAGGGAUCCGGAGGGAUAAGAGGGGUGUGGGUGUUUUUAAAUGAAGUCUAAAUCCAAGAUGAUGGAUAUCUAUCAUUACAGGAGAAAGGGCCUUUUCUGUAUAGGAUUUGAAGCACACAAGGCAGGAGUGAAGGUGAACACUACUACUAAGAGGUUGUAAAUAACUAAAUGACUGUUUCCUGCAGAGUGUCAAUUCUUGUAUCUUUCCUGUGGUUCUACUGUAGACAUUGGACUGGCCAUAUUAGCCCAACCAAAGGAGGAGUUUGUAGUCUUCUUUCAUCUACAACUUCUCUUUCAGGUAAAGGGAACAAAUGGAUCCAUACAAUUUCUGCAAGUGGUUAAUAAAAUGUUCUCGCUCCCACUUAGUUUCUUACUUAGUCUUGCCCCCUUAUGUUUACUGUUAAUCUCCUUUUCUCUCUCCAUGCAAGGGUUUUUCUGUAUUUUUACUAUUUUUCUACAUUGUAGAAUAAUAGUGAAGACUUCAAUUUUCUGAUUGAC